AUGCUCGUCUCGCCUCCCUCGUCUCCAGCUUACGAUCCACCCCAACUGUUGUCAGCUCCGCCCAUCUUCGGUAGAGAAAAUGAGCAGACUUUGAUGUUCACCUACAGUCAAGAUGUGAAUCCCAGUGUGCUAGGCUCCCGCAGCAGGUCUCUACGCAAGUCGGAACCACGAACGCCGCCACCACCGACGAUUGGUGGUGGUUUUCUGUCGCCCGGUGUCUGGUCGGAAGGGUAUGCCAGUCAAUCGCGACUGAAUCGAGUGGACGAACGCGAGGAGGGGCUUGAGGAGGAGAAGGAGAAGGAGGCUCAGCGGAGACAGACCGCCCGUUCAGACGGCAAGGAUACAGUUGAUGCAUGGCCCAGGCUUAAAGAUGAAAUCGACGACUUAGCUUGGAAGAGUGCCAGUGCCCAUGGGAUAUGGGAUAUGGACGUCAGGGUGACCGGAUGUCAACCCUGGAAGGCAGAGUUUCUACAAGAAACACGGGAACAAAUUAACUUGUUUAGCCAGCCAGCAUGCUUUGCUACUUGCAGUCAAGAGAACGAGUACACGAACAACAGUCUAAAUUAUGAAGAGCCGGGAAACGCAGAAUACCAUCAAGUGGGAUAUGAAGAAAUCGCAACCAGAGGGGAUAAGAGCAAGGAGAACGUGCAUGUAAACCAGGUAUGUAUGGAAGAACGAAAUAAUAGAGUAAAUCAAUAA